AAAGUAGUCUUGGAACGAGCUUGGGACUGCCUGAUAAUACUUAUCUUAUACGUAUAAAUAGUGGUCCAAAUAGUACUUUCUGAUUCAGUAUUCCUUAAAAUUUUCACAAGUUCAAAAGUAUAAUUCUGUUUUAAAAUUUAACUUGAAUUUUUGAAUUUCUUCUCUCAUUCCUUCUCUCUCUCUCUCUCUCUCUCUCUCUCUCUUUUUUUGUUUAUUUUUAUUUUUUUUUCUUACUUUGUAUCAUUAAUCAUUACAUUACAUUUAUAUUAAUAAUAUAUAUUAUAUUCAAGUUAAUAUAAGAGUAUAAAAUAAAUCAAAUAAAACAAGCGCAAUUUAUUGUGCUGUGAAUUGUUUUAUUGCAUGUGUGAUAUACAAAGCACGAGAAUUACGCUCCACAUUCAGGGUUCUCUUUGUGAUAGGCUGGUAAGCCAGUCUACUGGUGGGUGUGCAACCAACUGCGGCAACUGGAAGUUGGCCCUGAACGCAGAGCCCCCGUGGCUUUGCUAGCACCCCCACAGUGAUCUUGUCUUAACCCGCCUCCUCACGACUCAAUCAAUUCUUGUUGACAGCUGCCUCUUUGCUGCCUAGCCCCUACAGAGUACCAUUUAACCAUUUAAGUCUUUGAAAAAAAAAAAAAGAAAAGAAAGGAAAAGAAAGAAAGAAAGAAAGAAAAAAAAAAUAUUCAACAUGAAGGUAACAAAUUUGGAUGAACGUAUCCAUGUGUUGGACAAUGACUCAAAUGUCAUGACCGUCAUCAAAGAUAUUGCAAUGAGCGGAUUGCAAGAAGAAGCUUUCUAUGUACUUGACAUUGGAGAUAUUGUGCGCAAACAUCAAAUUUGGAAGGAGAAAUUGCCACGUGUUGAUCCAUAUUAUGCUGUCAAGUGUAACGAUAAUUUAAUUGUAAUUGAAGUCUUGGCCGCGCUUGGAAUUGGAUUCGAUUGUGCUUCUAAAACUGAAAUUAAUAAGGUAUUAAGUAUUGGAGUUGAUCCAUCCAGAAUUGUAUUUGCUAAUCCUGCUAAACCAGCUUCACAUAUACGUCAUGCUGCUGCUAUGGGAGUCGAAACAAUGACAGUAGAUAAUGAAAGCGAAUUGCAUAAAAUCAAAAAGCUUUUUCCAACAGCCAAGGUUAUAAUUCGUAUUCGUUGUGACGCAGAAGUAGCCCAAUGUCAGCUUGGUAUGAAAUUUGGUUGCGAACCAACACAGGAAGCUCCUAAUCUUUUACGGCUUGCAAGAAUAUUAAACUUAGAUGUUGUUGGUAUAAGCUUUCACGUUGGAUCAGGAUGUCAGGAUCCACCUGUUUAUCAACGAGCCAUUCAUCAUUCAAGAUUGUUGUUUGAUUUAGCAUCUGACCUUGGAUUUAAUCCAUAUCUAUUAGAUAUUGGUGGUGGUUAUCCAGGAAAUAAAGGGAGUACCAUUGACAAAAUUGCUGAUAUCAUUAACAAAGCUCUUGAUGAAUAUUUUAAUACUGAUGACGUACACAUAAUUGCUGAGCCUGGUAGAUUCUACGUAGCAUCUGCAUUUACUUUAGCCACAAGUAUUCACAGCAAGCGUUCAGUUCGUGGCGAUGAAAAUUCUCCAAAUUCAAUAACGCACAAUAUGUAUUAUAUCAAUGAUGGCGUUUAUGGAUCUUUUAAUUGUUUAUUAUAUGAUCAUCAACGUGUAACACCCCUUCCCCUAAAGAAUGGUUGUGGAAAGAUGAUACCCUCAAGUAUUUGGGGACCGACUUGUGAUGGUCUAGAUCAAGUUGUUGAAAAUAUUCUCUUAUAUGAAAUGGAUCUUGGCGAUUGGAUUAUUUUUGAAAAUAUGGGCGCAUAUACAUUGCCUGUAGCUUCACCAUUUAAUGGAUUCCCAGUACCAAAGGUUCAUGUUGUUGCUGACGAAAGCAUUUGGCUUUUAUUGAAAGAUGCAUUGCCCUUAACCGAAGAUCAUUUUGUAAUCGGUAACACACCAGCUAACUUAAGACUUGGCCUGGACAUUGGUGGAACUGAUAUUGAUGCAUGGAAUAGUCCAACAACAAUUGAAUUGGCAUCCGCUGAAAUGUUAACAGAAGAUGCAACAACAUCAUCUCCAUUCAUCUAUGAUUAUGUUGAGGUCGAUCCACUAAAUUAGUAUAUCUAUAAAGGGUGGGGGAAAAAAAAAGCAAGCAAAUAAGCAAACAAAUGAAAUGGCUUUAUAUGGUAAAUGAAAAACUCGCCAGCUUAUUAAUCGUAUUAACGAACUAAUAUUAUUAAUGAUAUAAUCGCAUUUUUUUUUUUCUUUUCUAUUUUCAAUUAUAAAGAAAAAUGUGCUAUGAAUUUUUAUUACACAGAUUUUCGAUUGAAA